AUGUUCAAGGCCAGCCAGGAAGCUGAGGGGUGCUCCCACUGCCCCUCCAACAGCCGAUCCCCUUCAGAGGCAUCUCCCAUCUGUACCUGCCGGACCGGCUAUUACCGAGCGGAUUUUGACCCCCCAGAAGUGGCAUGUACUAGUGUCCCGUCAGGUCCCCGCAAUGUCAUCUCCAUUGUCAAUGAGACAUCUAUCAUUCUGGAGUGGCAUCCGCCAAGGGAGACAGGCGGGCGGGAUGAUGUGACCUACAACAUCAUCUGUAGAAAGUGCCGGGCAGACCGUCGGAGCUGCUCCCGCUGCGACGACAACGUGGAGUUUGUACCCAGACAGCUGGGCCUGACCGAGUGCCGUGUCUCCAUCAGCAGCCUGUGGGCCCACACCCCCUAUACCUUCGACAUCCAGGCCGUCAAUGGAGUCUCCAGCAAGAGCCCCUUCCCCCCACAGCAUGUCUCCGUCAACAUCACCACGAACCAAGCCGCCCCUUCCACUGUUCCCAUCAUGCACCAGGUCAGUGCCACCAUGAGGAGCAUCACCUUGUCAUGGCCACAGCCGGAGCAGCCCAAUGGCAUCAUCCUGGACUAUGAGAUCCGGUACUAUGAGAAGGAGCACAAUGAGUUCAACUCCUCCAUGGCCAGGAGCCAGACCAACACGGCGCGGAUUGACGGCCUACGGCCAGGCAUGGUGUAUGUGGUGCAAGUGCGUGCCCGCACGGUGGCGGGCUACGGCAAGUUCAGUGGCAAGAUGUGCUUCCAGACGCUGACGGAUGAUGACUACAAGUCUGAGCUGAGGGAGCAGCUGCCACUGAUUGCUGGCUCGGCAGCAGCCGGGGUCGUGUUCGUGGUGUCAUUGGUGGCCAUCUCCAUCGUCUGUAGCAGGAAACGGGCUUACAGCAAAGAGGCCGUGUACAGCGAUAAGCUGCAGCAUUACAGCACCGGCCGAGGCUCCCCAGGGAUGAAGAUCUACAUUGACCCCUUCACUUACGAGGACCCCAAUGAAGCUGUCCGGGAGUUUGCCAAGGAGAUUGAUGUAUCUUUUGUGAAAAUCGAAGAGGUCAUCGGAGCAGGGGAGUUUGGAGAGGUAUACAAGGGGCGUCUGAAACUUCCGGGCAAGAGGGAAAUCUAUGUGGCCAUCAAGACGUUGAAGGCCGGGUACUCGGAGAAGCAGCGUCGGGACUUCCUGAGCGAAGCAAGCAUCAUGGGCCAGUUUGACCAUCCCAACAUCAUCCGCCUGGAAGGCGUGGUCACCAAGAGUCGGCCUGUCAUGAUCAUCACAGAGUUCAUGGAGAACGGCGCUUUGGAUUCUUUCCUCAGGCAAAAUGAUGGGCAGUUCACGGUGAUCCAGCUGGUAGGGAUGCUCAGGGGCAUCGCCGCCGGCAUGAAGUACCUGGCUGAGAUGAACUACGUGCAUCGGGACCUGGCUGCUAGGAACAUCCUGGUCAACAGUAACCUGGUAUGCAAGGUGUCUGACUUUGGCCUUUCCCGCUACCUCCAGGAUGACACCUCAGACCCCACCUACACCAGCUCCUUGGGAGGGAAGAUCCCCGUGAGAUGGACAGCUCCAGAGGCCAUUGCCUACCGCAAGUUCACUUCUGCCAGCGAUGUCUGGAGCUACGGGAUCGUCAUGUGGGAAGUCAUGUCAUUUGGAGAGAGACCCUACUGGGAUAUGUCCAACCAAGAUGUCAUCAAUGCCAUUGAGCAGGACUACCGGCUGCCCCCACCCAUGGACUGUCCAGCUGCUCUACACCAGCUCAUGCUGGACUGUUGGCAGAAGGACCGUAACAGCCGGCCCCGCUUUGCGGAAAUUGUCAACACCCUGGACAAGAUGAUCCGGAACCCGGCAAGUCUCAAGACUGUGGCAACCAUCACCGCCGUGCCUUCCCAGCCCCUGCUAGACCGCUCCAUUCCAGACUUCACGGCCUUUACCACCGUGGAUGACUGGCUCAGUGCCAUCAAAAUGGUCCAGUACAGGGACAGCUUCCUCACCGCUGGCUUCACCUCCCUCCAGCUGGUCACCCAGAUGACAUCAGAAGACCUCCUGAGAAUAGGGGUCACCUUGGCAGGUCAUCAGAAGAAGAUCCUGAACAGCAUUCAUUCUAUGAGGGUCCAGAUGAGUCAGUCACCAACGGCAAUGGCAUGAGAACUCUCAUUUUCUGGGGGGAGGAGAGGAAGGAAAAGGACCAUGCUCAAGAGGGAACCAGAGGUUGACCACUGUGGAAUGUUCUGGAAAGAGUGGCUUCUCAGCUAAGAAAUGCAUUAAAUCAGUGAAGAAGAGACUGGACCUGUUCUUAAUAGGCAAUCUUCAUUUCUUAGUGACAGAAGCAUGUAUAAGAUGCCGUGGGAAACCAAAACAUAAUAAUAAAAAUAUGAAAGGGUGAUGUUCAACAGAAGUGAAGACAAAACAGUAUGCAUCGGGGCAACCAAGAGUAAACUCCGCUCCCACUCGGGGCUGGAGUCACCGAUCCACAGGAAGAAAGGGAAGGAGGUAGAGGGAAGAAACAGAGGCAGUUUUC